AUGGCUGGCCGUGGAAAAACCCUCGGAUCUGGAGUCGCCAAGAAAGCGACGUCAAGGAGCAGCAAAGCGGGUCUCCAAUUCCCCGUCGGUCGUAUCGCCAGAUUCCUCAAAAACGGCAAAUACGCCGAGCGUGUUGGUGCCGGAGCUCCGGUCUACUUAGCCGCCGUCCUCGAAUACCUCGCCGCAGAAGUUCUAGAAUUGGCGGGGAACGCAGCGAGGGACAACAAGAAGACUAGGAUCGUGCCACGUCAUAUUCAGUUGGCGGUGAGGAAUGAUGAGGAGUUGAGUAAGUUGCUUGGGGAUGUGACGAUUGCUAAUGGUGGUGUGAUGCCGAAUAUUCAUAACCUUCUUCUUCCGAAGAAGGCUGGUGGUG